AUGCUCGAACAGACCGCAGAGGCACAGAUGCAGAGGACAGAGACUAAAGGGGCCGCCGUGCGUGUGCCAUCGAGCCAGGUGUUCGUGAAGAUGCCCAAGGAAGUGAGGGAGCGCAGCCGCUCACGAGAAGCGUUGCAGGCGGGCAACCGCUCUCAGAAGGAGACGCUGAAGGAGGUGAAUUCGCGUGUGUUCGUACGGAUGCCGAAGUACGUGCGUCGCAGGCGAAGCCUCUCUCGCGAGUCCCGCAGCAACGGUGUCCGUCAGCUGCAGGAGAGAAAUGAGAUGCCGUGUGCCACUCGCAACGAUAUGCCCGUGGCUGCCGCUAAGUCGACUACUGAAGAGAAUGCCGCUACCCCGGUGCAGCUGCAUGCGGAGCAGGAGCCGUACGCCGACGACUUGACUCUGCAGUCCGCUGGCGAGAAGAGAUCUCAUCACAAGUCGUUGUCAGAGUCCUCACCUGCGACUGUCUGGGCGACGGAGGCCGACACGGUCGAUAAAACUGACAACGCCGAGGGGCUCGCUUGUAGCAUCUCUAAGCCGACGAUGCAAGCGGAGGCCGACUCCGCUGUUCUCGCGGAGGAAGCGAAGAGUAAUGAGGAAUUCAAGGCUGAGGCAACGUCUUUCACCCAGAAGUCUAACUCACCUAUAAGUAUGGUGGAGAAUGACAACAGGACGACAGAAAAGCCCCGGUGCUGCACGGUGAUGUGA